AGUGAGAACGAGGACCUAGCUCAACAGAACCGCUAGCAUCAUGGGUACAGGAAUUCCUGGAGGAAGAAUUGGCGAAAUUCGACGGCAUGACCGGCGUGUCCAACAUCGCCGAGCACGUGAUAUUGAUGCGCGACGAUCGCCCGAUCAAACAGCAUCCACGGAAUCCAGCCAUGCAAGGGAUAAUUCACGCGCAAGUAGACGAGUUACUACGGGACGGAUGCAUCGAGCCGUCCAAAAGCCCACACAGUGCCCCUAUUGUGUUGGUGGGCAAGAAGACUGGAGAAACCCGCAUGUCUGUGGACUUUCGGCAACUCAAUGCACGAUCGGUACCGGACGCAUACCCCCUGCCGAGGAUAAAUUCAAUCUUGGAGAGAUUGCGGAACGCUAAGUAUAUUAGCACAUUGGACUUGAAAAGCGGGUAUUGGCAGAUACCCAUGGCCAAGGCAAGCCGUGAAUGCACCGCGUUCACAUUACCAGGCCGAGGUCUUUUCCAAUGGCGUGUUAUGCCAUUUGGACUCCACUCGGCACCCGCAACAUUCCAGAGGGCACUCGACAGCGUCAUCGGGGCAGAUAUGGAACCCCACGCGUUCGCAUAUCUCGAUGACAUCAUCAUCAUUGGAACCAUAUUGGAGGAACACGUCAGGAAUCUCAGAGAAGUGUUGAGGCGCUUACGGCAAGCGAACCUCAGGCUUAACCGGAAGAAGUGCCUCUUCUUCCAGCGCAGGUUGGUGUACCUGGGGCACGUCGUUAGCAAGGAAGGAAUUCACACCGAUCCCGAGAAGAUCGCCGCUGUCCAAAAGCUCGCAGCUCCAACCAGUGUACAAGAACUACGCCGAUGCUUGGGUCUCGCCUCCUGGUACAGGCGAUUUGUCCCAAACUUUGCAGCCGUUGUACAACCGAUGUCACAGCUACUUCGGAAAGACAAGAAAUGGACGUGGGAAAUACCACAACAGCAAGCGUUCGCACAACUCAAGGAACUACUGACCGAGGCGCCAGUUCUCGCGUGUCCGGAUUUUACCAGUAAGUUCUCUUUACAGACUGACGCCAGCGACUACGGACUAGGAGGAGUACUAACCCAGCCGAGUGCCGACGGCGAGAGGGUCAUUGCAUAUGUGAGCCGGAGACUAUCGAGGGCCGAGGAGAAUUACUCCGCCACCGAGAUGGAAUGCUUAGCAAUCGUCUGGGCCGUCAGGAAGCUGCGUUGCUAUUUGGAAGGAUACAGGUUCGACGUCGUGACGGACCACUUGGCCCUCAAGUGGCUCAACACGAUCGAAAAUCCCACAGGACGAAUUGCACGAUGGGCCCUGGAACUCCAACAGUUCCAGUUCGACAUUCACUACCGAAAAGGACGACAGAACGUUGUCGCAGACGCCUUGUCACGACAGCCAUUCGAGGCCAUACAGACAAUCAUCGAGGAACAGAACACAUGCGCAUGGAUACGACGACGCACACAGGAGACACUGGAGCGACCAGAGAAGUACCCCGAUUAUACCCUGGAGAACGGACAACUGUACAGGAACGUAGGACAACGGCCCCUGGAGGAAGAUUUCAUACCAUGGAAGCUGUGUGUAGGCAAGGAACAACGGCAGCGUGUGCUGCAAGAAUGCCACUUCGUUGGACCACUGCCGAGAUCCAAACAAGGUAACACAGUGUUACUAGUCUUCUUAGAUAUGUUUUCCAAAUGGGUGGAGUUGAUACCUCUGCGCCGUGCCACGGCAACAUACCUGGAGAAAGCUUUUCGCGACCGGAUCCUCAGCCGAUUUGGGAUACCCCGGAAGUUCAUCUGCGACAACGGGACUCAAUUUACCAGUCGUUCCUUUAAAGCGUUUUGUAAGCGGGCAGGUAUGACACUGGAGUAUACUGCGCCGUACAAUCCACAGCAAAACCCGACGGAGAGAGCUAACCGGACCAUCAAGACCAUGAUCGCACAGUACAUCGAGGGACCGCAUAGUACAUGGGACACCCUGCUACCGGAGAUUACAUUGGCAAUCAAUAGCAGCGUGUCCGACACAACAGGAUUCAGUCCGGCGUUCCUGGUCCAAGGACGAGAGCCGAGACUACCAGGAGCAUUGUACGAGGAAGUCACGCCAGGAUCCGGAAUAGUCGCUGCCGAUCCCGAAACCAGGGCGAAACAGCUGUACGAGGUUUUCCAGGCGGCAAGGGACAACGCACAGCGAGCAUCGGCGGAACAGGGCCGCCACUACAACCUACGAGGACGCGAUUGGAAACCAACCAUUGGCAGCUUGGUGCUAGUGAAGCAACACGUGCUAUCGAAAGCCAACGACGGGUUCGCCGCCAAGUUAGCCCCACGGUACGAGGGGCCGUAUAAGGUAACCAAAUUCGAUUCACCCAACAUAGCCAGAGUUCGUCACACGGAGACUGGACAACGGCGCACCGCCGGGGUAGCCGACCUAAAGGCCUUCCAGCAACACGACGACGAGGAACAGCAGGACAGCGAAGACGGCGAGCACCCGCUCGACCGCACAACAGACGACCAGCCAGGACCAGCAACACUUAGUACUACCAUGGCCGACGAGGAGAUCGAGGAGCCGUGGCGACAGUGGGCAGACGAACGGCAAAACAACUGGGGCUGGGUUCCUCAGUAUCAACGCCGGUUCGAGGGGUUCGAGGACGAGGGAAACGAGGCCGAACCCGCCCGAGGAAGGUCGCAGUUCGACGACAUCAGCACAGAGCUUUUCCCGAGCACAGAGAGCGACAUAUACCGAUACCUCUACCCGGAACCGGAUUCGUGGCUGCAACCAGAGGACGAAGCGGUGGAGAGAGUCGCCCGGGUGGCCGUCGUCAGUGACGAGUUAGGGGUGUCGACCUCGCGAACAGCAGCAACACCGACUGCUUCAUUCGCUUCGCUCGGGCUAUCGCCAGCCCAAGACACCGACGAGCUGGACUUGUCGUUCGGCAGCAGCGACCUCCAAGCUCUUCUCGGACCAGAAGUUGAUGUCAAAGCCCUGACAGCGGAGCUGCUGCAGGAGGAGGAAAAGUGGGUUGAGGCACCUGCCGAAUGGCGGACGAAUACCCCACGCCGACUCAUCCCCCGGAGCCUCGUUGAAAUGGUCCGAACAAGCCAACAACAGGGGACCUGGAGGCGACGCUUCACCCUGGAGUGGCCGGAAAGCACGUUCAAGAUCACGAUCACCCCGUCCGGCGGCGUCGCCAUCAGAUAUCACCCGGGAAGAAAGGAGCCAACAGCAGAGCAGAGCAAAGAGAACGGCGACGCGAACCAACAGCAGCAGAGCCAAAGAGAACGACGAAGUGNUCCCACAGCACUUAGUACGACCAUGGCCGACGAGGAGAUCGAGGAGCCGUGGCGACAGUGGGCAGACGAACGGCAAAACAACUGGGGCUGGGUUCCUCAGUAUCAACGCCGGUUCGAGGGGUUCGACGACGAGGGAAACGAGGCCGAACCCGCCCGAAGAAGGUCGCAGUUCGACGACAUCAGCACGGAGCUUUUCCCGAGCACAGACAGCGCCAUGUACCGAUACCUCUACCCGGAACCAGAUUCGUGGCUGCAACCAGAGGACGAAGAGGUGGAGAGAGUCGCCCGGGUGGCCGUCAUCAGUGACGAGUUAGGGGUGUCGACCUCGCGAACAGCAGCAACACCGACUGCUUCAUUCGCUUCGCUCGGGCUAUCGCCAGCCCAAGACACCGACGAGCUGGACUUGUCGUUCGGCAGCAGCGACCUCCAAGCUCUUCUCGGACCAGAAGUUGAUGUCAAAGCCCUGACAGCGGAGCUGCUGCAGGAGGAGGAAAA